AUGAUGUUUUUGGGGAAGGUGAAGGGCUUAUUACAAACAGUUUGGUGGUUGCUAGCAGCAGCGAAGGUGGUUACCGCGGGGAUAUCCUGCCUCAGUAGCCCCUGCCUCCACGGUAUUUGUAUUGAUGACGUAAACACGACAUACUCAUGUUACUGUGUGGACGGUUACACCGGAGUUCAGUGUCAAACAAACUGGGAUGAAUGCUGGUCUAACCCUUGCCAAAAUGGAGGCACCUGCAUCGAUGGUAUUGCUUCAUACAACUGCUCAUGCCCUGACGGAUUUAUAGGUGACAAUUGUGAGACUAACUACAAUGAAUGCGAAUCCAACCCUUGCCUUAACAACGGCACUUGUAUAGACAUGAACAAUGGAUACCUUUGCUCCUGCAUACCCGGGUUUUCUGGAGAUCAUUGUGAGCUGGACGUAGCUGUAUGCAACUCCACGGAAGAAGUUCGUUGCUACAACGGAGGUCAAUGUAUCGAGGGGCCUGGCUUUAAAUUUUAUUGCAAAUGCUUACCCGGCUGGGCGGGACCAAAAUGUGAAGACCAAAUAGAUGAAUGCGAAUCAAAUCCUUGUCAGAAUGGAGGUGUUUGCAUCGAUGUGCACGCAGAUUACAUGUGUGCAUGUGCUUUUGGUUUCACAGGAAAAAGUUGUGAAGUCCAAAUAGAAUUUUGUGACGAAAACUCAUGCAGUAACAAUGCUUUAUGCGUUGUAGAAGAUGGCGCCAGAGUCUGUUAUUGCGUUCCCGACUAUCAUGGAGAGAGAUGCGAACUACAAUACGACGAAUGUUUACUGGGACCCAGGUGCAUGAACGGUGGAACAUGUAUCGACGGUGUAGAUAAUUUCACAUGCUCAUGCCCACCGCGUCUGACUGGCCCAUUAUGCGAAUGUCUCAUACUUGACGAUGAGAGUUAUGAUUGUGAAUAUGUUAGUCCAACACCUCUAACAAGUUCCACGCAAUCAGUGCUAACAACUUUGAUAGAAGAAACUACGACUCCAACGGUUUAUACUGAGAUGCCAUCUACAUAUGCUCCAAACGAUACAACACUUAUAACUACUGAUAGUGAAGCAGUGCGAACUACAGUAACAGAUACAAGUACUGAGAAGGAAACAGUUUUUACAGCUACAACAGUUGUGACUGAAAUAACAACAAAAGUAGAUGAUAUAAGUAGUACUCCGGAAGAAACAACAGGAACUAGUGAAUCUACAACAACGAAAGCAGGAAUUUCAGAACUACCAGACCACGAAGAGACAAGACCGACUAUAGAGUCAGAUAAUGCAAAAACAGAUACUACCACUGACGACACCGUUAGUACUACACAGUCACCUACUACUGAUUUCACGUCUAGCUCCACAGAAACCACUAAAUUUGAUAUACCAAUAGAAACAACUAAGGAAACCACAGAAGAAGGUGCAUCUACACCUUCUGGGACCACUCCUGGUACAACGGAAGAAGUUCAAGAAGAAUUAACAACUACACCUAAAACCGAUGUCAGUACAGACCAGAUGUUUACAGAUGUUCCAACAGACCGCCCAGGAACUGAUUUACCUACUGGCAUUUCGUUUACUACUGAGGCUGUAGAAGUUAGCAGUGGUAGUACUAGUAGUGGCAGUACUGAGAUUUUGACCACAGCGCAGUCUGAGUGCACUGAUUCAAUAUGUAACGGUCAUGGAAGCUGUAUCAACACUCCUCAUGGAAUACGGUGCCAUUGCAAUUUCAACUAUGGCGGAAGAUUUUGUGACGAACCAAUAACUAUAACAUCAGCAGCAUUUGGAGGCAAUUCGUUUAUAGCGCACAAACUAAUUAACGCUACAUCUAUCAACAUAGAAUUCAACGCAAAAACUCUCAUUACGGACGGACAAAUAUUGCACGCGGAUAUAGCGAAAGGAGUUUAUAUGCAGCUAUACAUGAAUUCAGGAUUAUUGAAAUUUAAAUUUUCAUGCGGCUACCAAACGAUGCUUUUGAGUGAGCUAAAGACUUUUGUCAAUAAAGGUUAUCCGAUGAAAAUUGAAACGAGGCUAGAUUUAUACCCAGAAGAUCAACAUUGUAACGCGACACUACGUCUUAAUGACACAGUGGCUAUGAGUGGUGGUCAAGUGGCGAAUAUCACAACUCUCGAGCAUAACUCCACAUUGUACCUGGGCAACUCCAGGGAAGUCAAAGAUAGCGAGAGCAAACCAUUCAUUGGAUGCAUUCGGGAUCUGAUCGUAAACGGUGAGAAACGCGAAGUAUUUGGUGAUGCCUUAGAUGCUGGUGAAGUAACGGAGUGCCUGUCCCUCUCAUGUCUCUCGGGCCCUUGUCUCAAUGGAGGCUCUUGCAGUGACCACCACGAUGGAGAGUACACCUGCUCCUGUGCUAAUGGUUGGCUUGGAGAGCAUUGCAACGAAUCUGUCUGCGAGAACAACCCCUGUCAAUCUGGUGGUAGCUGCGUCCGUCACCCGGGCAGUGGGUUCCUCUGCCUGUGUCCCUACGGGAAACAUGGCAUCUUGUGUGAAUACAAUGUAGAGAUAACGCGUCCGGCUUUAGCUCCAAUCAGUACUGGGAUUUCAUCCUACAUCAUGUACGCCCUAUCUCCUGCUGCAAUGAACUCUGAUCGAUUCGACCUGCGGCUUCGCUUCCAAACUUCAGACAUGGAUCAAAUAGCUCUGCUGGCGUUCAUCGGCCAAAGUGGAAGACAUGACUCACGAAGCCAGCAUCUUGCACUGACUUUUGUAAAGGGAUAUAUCAUGCUUACUUGGAAUAUGGGAAGUGGUGGACAUCCAUCACCAGACUUUGUGGAUCUCCCUCAUGAUUUGCCACUGCACAGUGGGUGGCGGGGUUGUAUUUGGGAAGUGGGUGGGCAAGCAGUGGGGGCCGGAGCGAGGGCCGCUGGUGGCCGAGGAGUGGGCCAGUGUGGGGUCGCACAGUGCACUGCCAAGUCCUGUAACGCGCCCCGAGGGGUCUGCAUACACUCUCCUGCUACUUAUGGAUGUAUCUGCAACGAGGGUUGGUUCGGGGCCACGUGCUCCAGUAAUCGCAACCCCUGCGACCGCGCGCACUCCAAAUGCCAAGGACAAUGCGUCAUUACGACCGACGGGAACACGCAGUGCGACUGUCCUUAUGGAAAGACUGGGGUCUAUUGUGAUCAAGACUUAAUCCCCACGGAUGUACUGUUCACUGGAACGAGGUCCUACAUACAAUUACACCCUACCACCAUAUCAAGUGUCAGUCUAUCAUUAGAGUCGGAGAUUAAGCCGGCGAAGGAACGCGGUCUGGUUAUGUUUGUGAAGACUCCACAUUUCUACACUGCGCUGUCUCUGCAAGGAGGCUUGUUGGAGUAUCGAUGGACUGAUCGUCUAUCCGGAGUAACAUCAUUGGUGCGGAGCGGAGUGGUAGUGUCAAUGUCUCAAUGGCACAGCGUCAAAGCUGGUCGGUAUGGCAGUAGACUGUAUGUCUGGGUCGAUGGGUCUCUCAGCACGGAGGCCAUGUUGGCACAUGCAUACCCACAUACUAAUGGCAACGCUUCUAUUCUGCUCGGUGGCGCAAAAGACCUGUCUUCCCUACCUUUCGAUGCAAUGUCAGGUGCACCAGCGCCAUACACUGGCUGCAUCAAAAACUUCCACGUGAACAAUAUUCUGCUUCCUUUGGAACCGCAGAAUAUUCAAGAGGGCCGUAACGUGGCGGACUGUGACGGCACGGCGUGCGGGGACGAGGCGUGCGGCGGCGGGGUGUGUAUACUGGAGCGUGGACGGGCGCGCUGUGCCUGCGGGGCCUCCAACUACGUGGGCACCGGGCCCCGCUGUCGCCGCCAUGUCUCCUGCCAGCCAUCCACCUGCGCCCCGCCCAGGGGACGCUGCAGAGCUGACAGAUGCAUCUGUUCCACUGGAUACGCUGGCACUUUCUGUGAUCAAAAAAUUGACAUAAAAAUCCCACAAUUUGAUGGAACUUCGUUAGUGUCUCUAGGACGACAGUCUACAUCGAGCCAUACGAAUCAACAACGGAUCGCUCCUACUCUUAGUAGGCCUAGCUACGUCGCACUUAAUUUUACAACGGCAGAACCAAAUGGAUUAUUACUAUGGAUUGAAAUGAGCAAUGAUUAUGUUGGAUUGGGACUUGAGAAUGGAUACGCAAAGCUGGUUUGGUCAUUCAAUCAAAACAUUGUCAAAACAGCUAAAUUUAACUAUGGAGAUUUGAUAGCAUCACCAAGAACUCUAUCGAGGCUGAUGCCUCAUGCUGGCUACCUAAGUGAUGCUGAAUGGCAUAUUUUAGUUCUGCAAAUAAACAAGACUAAUAUUACAUUGACUGCUGAUAAUACACUGGUGUAUACUGAAGAGCCGGGACUAAAUAUCGAAACUGAAUAUGACGAUAUUGACAUGUUCAUUGGUGGCAUAUCAGACAAUGACUACGAAAAAGCGAAAAAAAUUUUCCCAAAAAAUUUCAAAGGCUGCAUCGAUCAAAUUUCUACAAGGGAGAAAUCAUUUAUAACGAAUUAUACAGAAGUGUAUAGCGAAAACGUAAAGUCGUGCCAACUGUACCCCCCAACCUAA